CGAGAACACAUUCGACCUUAACCUGGCGGACACUUUUCAUUUACGUCGGAAACGGUAUUUUAAAAUAGCGUUGCUGAAAAAUGUGCAGCCCUUUGUAUGAUGUAUUGGAAUCCUAUGAAUCUGGAAAAGUCAAAAAGGGAUCUGUUCGAGUGAGUAAGUGGAUGGGUUACAGAAAUGAGAGUAUGACAUUUGAUGAAAUUAUGGAACAAGUUGAAGUUGCUUUUGCCGAAAAAUUUGGCUCAAAACACUGCAAUAAAUAUCCAACUGUUGUAGAAAUCAGACCAAGUGGAGGACCUGCUUGCGAAUCAUUAUUCACGGUACUUCGGCACGUGACAGAUGAUCAGAUUGGCAUGAAAGCGUGUGGUAAAUCACCUCAUAUUUUCCAAAGUGAAUGGCCUAAUUUCUCUGUUUAUAUAAAACGCUUCCAUUUAAAAUCUAUUAAACAAGAUGAAUUUAUGGAUGAAACAAAGGAUUUUAUUGAACAAUUAUCAGAAGGUAAUUUUAACUAUAUGCCAGAACCGUAUUAUUGGAUUAUAUACGAUCCAUCAUUAAUGAAUGGUGAAGAUGGCAAUGCAGAGAUUUGGUUAAAAAUUGAAUAACACUAUAAUUGUCUUCCAAUGUUUACUAUUGAAAAUUUUGUCACUUGUCUACUCUACAUGAGAAUAGAAUUUAAUGUAUCUAUUCAUUAAAUUCUGAAUUCAGCUUAAUUAUUUUAUCAUUCCUCUUUCAUUUAAUAGUCUCUCUUAUUGGUUGUUAGUAUAAAUAUAAACAUAGUUUCUCUUAUCUAUUUGUGCACGGGCUCUUCUAUUUUUUUAACCACGAAAAUUUGUGUCUAUUAUUAUCACUAUUAUUAUUAAUAAUAAUAAAAGUGGUCAGUAGUAUUCAAC